CUGAGGAAUGCUUUAUUACUACAGUCCUCCCAAUAACUAGCUUGGAUUAAAAACUACUCAAUUUUUUAGUUGUAUGAAUUAUUUAUUUAAAAAAUUAAAAAUAUUCAUUCGUAAAACAUUCCAGAUGUUUCAGAUGAUUCCUUUUUAAAUCUUAGUUUAAGAGCAAUGGUAUUGGUUUAAAGAAACCGUUCUAGUAACAAAGAAGCAGAUUGGAUGAAUAAAAUUAUGACGUCAAAUUUUUCCCUGCACUGAAAGGCGCUUGCAUAUGAAUGUGUUAGCUGGUUUAUUAUUUAUUUAUUCGGAAUUAUACAAAACGUUUUCUAAAUUCAUUGUGUGUACAUUUUCUUUGGGAUUGUACACAGUGUGUAGUUAUUAUAUUAAUCACCUAAUGAGAAUACUUUAAGAUUUAGAAAGAAUAAAUAGUGAUAUGUCAUCCAACUUCGAAAAGUUUGAAGAAUUACAGAAGGAUGGAAAACGCCUUGCUGCUGAAGGCAAAUUGCUUGAAUCUCUUCAUAAAUUCGAACUUGCUAGAAAAAUUAAAGAAACAUCGAAGAUUCUUAACCGGAUUCAAAAACUGAAAGAUGCUAUUGGAGAAAUUGAGAAAAAACAGGAGCCUGUGACAAAAAGGGAACAGGCAUUUGGUCAAAAGUCUUCUGGUUCUGAAAAAUCGCCUAGAAUUUUGAAUCAGAUUCAAAAUGUUGAGGUACCACAUAAGGAAAUUGCUAUUCCUGCAGAGCUAACUCCUGAGAUAUUAAAGAGUUUCAAUGAAUGGAAAAGUAGAGCCAUAAACUUGUCAUAUGAGUGCAAGUUUGAUGAGGCUCUUCACUGUUUUUAUGAAGCCCAGAAGCUGUGGGACUGUCCAAAAGUCAAAAAAUACAUUCAAGAGCUUGAAAUACUCAUUUUGAAAUAUCCUAAAAAGUUAGAAGAAUUCCAGAAUCUGACUGAUUCUGGUAUUAAACUGGCUUCUGCUGGAAAACAAGUAGAAUCUCUGAAGAAGUUGAAAAAUGCCUUUUCUGUGUGCCCUUCUCCUGCUAUCUCCAGAAUGAUAAAAACAAUAGAAGCUAAAAGUCCACUUCAUAAGGCUCCAGUCUCCUCAAGUCCUGAAGAAUUUCUGCCAAGCAAAAUCAGUGACAAAGAUAAACUUUUGGCUGGGAAUGCAGUUCUUGCAUCUUCUGACACAAAGGAGAACCAUUUUAUUUUCUGCAAUGCAAAAAGUGGGUCAAGUGGAAGUGAAUUUUCUCUGUCUUCUGGAUCACAAAGUGAAAAUACUUCUGCUAAUCCAGCUGAUCUCAGCCCUAAAGCAAAAGAACAUUUUAAGCACUUGUAUAGUCAAGCCAGAGAAUAUGCUGCUGCAGGUCGUUUGCAGGAAGCUCUGGAUACUUUAGAAGAAGCCCAGAAGAUAUGUCCCACUCAGAAAGUUUUGAAAAGAAUUACAGAUUUGAAGGAGCACAUGAGUCAAUUGUCCUUGAUUUCUUCCAAUGAUAUGAUUGAAAUAAGUGAUGGGUUCUUUAUCUUUCAUGAAAUCUAUAAGAAACUCUAUCCCUACCAAAGAGAAGGUGUUGCAUGGAUGUGGAAACUUUUCAAAAUGAAGAAAGGUGGAGUAUUGGGAGAUGACAUGGGAUUAGGCAAAACAUUCCAAGUUAUUGCUUUUCUGUCUGGAUUGAUUGAUGCUGAUCUAAUUAAAUGUGCUCUGAUUAUUAUGCCUGUCUCUUUGCUACCAAACUGGGAGAAAGAAUUCAGAAAAUGGUCUCCAGGCAUAUCAGUGGGUCUUUUCCAUGGCGGUUCCAAAAAAGAGCGAGAGCGCAACCUACUUAAAAUCCAACGCAGGGGUCAUGUCUUAUUGACUAGUUAUGGUAUGGUCCUGAAUGCUUUAGCUUUACUUACUGAUUUUGAAGGGAAGCCUUUUGUCUGGGAUUAUAUUAUUCUGGAUGAAGGACAUAAAAUUAAGAACCCCACAAAAACAACCAAAGCUGUCCAUGCCAUCCCAUCUAAAAAUCGACUGGUUUUGACAGGAACACCUGUACAAAACAAUCUAUUGGAGUUAUGGUCUCUGUAUGACUUUGCACACCAAGGAACUUUGUUGGGUUCUUUAAAAACAUUCAAGAUGCAGUAUGAAAACACAAUAACUAGAGCUAGAGAAAAGGACUCCACCUCUGGAGAAAAACGCUUAGGAACAAAAAUGGCUGAGAACCUCAAGAUGUUGAUUAAACCUUAUUUCCUGAGAAGAACAAAAGCUGAAAUAUGGCGCAAAGAACCAGGGUCUUCUGAAGUAGUCAGUGAUCUUGAAAAGCAGGUGGAACAAUUGAGAAUUUCUGAGAAUACGUUAAACACCAGAAAGAAUGAUCUGAUAGUAUGGAUUUUCUUGUCAGAGGCACAGUGUGAAAUAUAUAGGAAUUUCUUACAUUCGGAAGCUGUCAAAACGAUCCUUGUGUCUAAAAGGUCUCCCCUUGUAGAACUUACUACUUUGAAGAAAAUCUGUGAUCAUCCUCGUCUUCUGAGUCAAAGGGCUUGUUUGCAUCUAGGAUUAAAUGGAGAUAUGGAUGAAGAGGAUCUUGAACAAAAGCUUAAUGAUGAAUCAUCCUAUUCCUCAUCUAUACAGAAUGUGACAGAUGAGACUCUGAUGUCUGAAUCAGGAAAAAUGAAUUUCCUCAUUAAACUCCUAGAAAAUUUGAAAAAUGAAGGGCACAGGACGCUGGUAUUUUCUUUAUCUCGAAAAAUACUGGAUAUGAUUCAUAGGAUAUUAAUUAACAGGAAGUGGAAAGUUCUGAGAAUUGACGGAACCAUCUCAAAAAUAGAAGAGCGUGAACGAAGAAUUCAAUUAUUUCAAAAUGAUUCUUCAUAUGUGGUGUUUCUAUUGACCACACAGGUUGGUGGAGUGGGCAUUACUCUGACUGCAGCUGACAGAGUUAUUAUUUAUGAUCCUAGUUGGAACCCUGCAACAGAUGCUCAAGCUGUUGAUCGUGUUUACAGAAUUGGUCAGCAAAAAAAUGUUAUUGUAUACCGACUCAUCACAUGUGGUACAGUAGAAGAAAAGAUUUAUCGCCGUCAGGUGUUUAAAGAUUCUAUCACAAAACAAGCUACUUGUUCAUCUGAUCCUUACAGGUAUUUCUCAAAACAAGAAUUACGUGAACUUUUUACAUUUGAGAACCCUUAUCAUUCAGCAACUCAAGUCCAGUUAUCCCAAAUGCAUUCCUAUCAACGUCUUACAGACAUUCAAUUAGAUGCACACAUUGCCUUCCUUCAUUCUCUGAAUAUUUUUGGAAUAAGUGACCAUGAUCUCAUGUUUUCAAAAGAAAUCGAGGAUAAUGCUGAAGAUAAUGAAGAAACAGCUGUUUCGCAUGAUUAUAUUAAAAAGCAGGUUGCUGCUGCUCAGAUGUUAAUCCAGACCGAAGCAUCUGUCAUUGCAGAGGGCAUUCGUCUGGCAGGUACAUUCUCUCGGCCUUUAUCUGAGCAUAUUCAUGUUUCCAAGAAGAACACUGACACAGGUGCACAGAUGUCUAAAGCUAUGUCUUCAGCAUACCCAGAUUCCAAGCCCAAAGAAUCUUUCCCCGCUUAUUUUCUUGAAAGUGAUAGAGAAAAAAAAUUGUCAACUCAAUGUUCACAGUCGCAUAAAAAUUCUAUCCAUGAGAUUGAAAUGAAUAAUUAUGAUUUGGACAUAAAUGAAGAUGCUUCUAUUAUAGAACCAAAAAGUGAUGUUAACACGAUUAAACAUCUGAGUCAUUGUCAUGAGUCUGAUAAUGAUUUUGGGGAAAACGAAAAUUUGCCCAACGUCCUUUCUGAUGUAAGCACGCCUUCUCUUUCUGAGCAUAGCAAUAUUGAAUGUAAUAACAUCUCCAAGCGUGUUUCCCUUUCUGGGAAUAAUAUCAAAAGAAAUAGGUCAUGUCAAAGUUCAAAAUCACAUAAAGACUCAGUUCAUGAAACUGAAAUAUAUCAUUAUAAUUUGGAUGUAAAUGAAGAUAUUAUUGAAUUAAGUCAAAAUGAUCUAAAAGAGAAUGGGGAUGUAAAAGAGAAUAACUCAUCUAUAAAAAAUUCACAAUCUAUUGAAAUUUUGGAGCAGAUCAUUAGAGCAGAAUCAAAAAGUUUUAUUGAGUUUAAAAACCACUCAGUUUGUGAAAGUGAAGCAACCACUCAAAUGAAGGGAGAUAAACACACUUAUCUUCCUCCAAGAUUUAGCAAAUCAUUGGUUUCAUCUACACCUACUCUUGUAGAGUCCAAUUUUGACACAAUCAGCAUUAAGAAAUCGGAAACUUGCGUUACUUCUGAUGUGGCAUCUCCCAUUUUAUGCAAUCAACUUAUCUAUAAUAAUUCUGGAUGCUCUUCGGAUCAAAAGAAUGUAGAAGAAAAAAGCAUUCAUAUUCAGUAUAUGGGGGCAAUUGCCGAUUCAACUGCAUUCAAUCCAAUUCAAAAGACUCAAAUUCCUUCAGGGGACAUUUCUGCUGAAACAGUUACUCCUGCUAAAAACAGUUGCUCAUUAAUAGAGAUUGGAUCAGCUUCUCCAUUGGAUGGAUCUGCUCACAGUGUUUUGGCAGAUUUAAGCUUUGAUGAUAAGCCCCAAACAGUAAAAAGAAAAUCCUGCGCCUUACCCACCCCAUUUGUGGCUUCGGACAGCGACUCCAGUUGUUCUCCUUCUAACGAAGAUAAUGGCGAGGUUCUUGCUUCCACUGAUUCAGAAGAGGAAGCAGGUUCCAAUUCUUCAAUCUGCUUUGUGCCCAGUUCGGUUCCUAACUCCCCUGCUUUGAGAGACAACACAAUCCGCAACAGAGCAGAGUCGCCCGCCAGAAGGAGAAUUACGCCCCUCAAGGUGCGCAAGAGUCUCUGUCCGCCCCCCGAUCUAGCUUUCGCUCAGGCUCUGGCCAGCUCGCCUGUCAUCCAGCAACUCAGCUACUCGAGUGACUCGGAAGGGGACAGCCCAGUGAACGUGUGCAGAACUAUGGGCAGAAAGAAUGUCAUUGAGUCGAGUGACGAGGAUUGAAAAGCAGUGAUUCACUAAUUAUUUUUGAUAUUAUGAUGAAUGAAAAUGUAUCUAUACGAUUUUGUUUGUUAAUUAACAUUAUUUUAAUAAUUAUCAUUUCAAAUGCAUUAUUAUUAUUAUUAUUUUGUUCUUUAAUAAAUAUUAUAAAAUAAA